AUGUCAUAUUUUGGGGAGCAUUUUUGGGGCGAGAAAAACCAUGGCUUUGAGGUCCUGUACCACAGCGUGAAGCAGGGGCCCAUCUCCACCAAAGAGCUGGCAGACUUCAUCCGGGAGAGGGCCACCAUCGAAGAGACCUACUCAAAGGCAAUGGCAAAACUUUCCAAGCUGGCUAGCAAUGGGACCCCCAUGGGGACCUUUGCCCCGCUCUGGGAAGUCUUUCGUGUCUCCUCGGACAAGCUGGCACUCUGCCACCUGGAGCUGACACGGAAGCUUCAGGAUCUCAUCAAGGAUGUGCUCCGAUAUGGCGAGGAGCAGCUCAAGACCCACAAAAAGUGCAAGGAGGAGGUGAUGGGCACCCUGGACGCGGUGCAGGUGCUCGCCGGUGUCGGCCAGCUCCUACCCAAGUCCCGCGAGAACUACCUGAACCGCUGCAUGGACCAGGAGCGGCUGCGGAGGGAGAGCACCAGCCAGAAGGAGAUGGACAAGGCGGAGAACAAAACCAAAAAGGCUGCAGAGAGCCUACGGCGCUCGGUGCAGAAGUACAACUCGGCCCGGGCCGACUUCGAGCAGAAGAUGCUGGACUCGGCUCUGCGCUUCCAGGCCAUGGAAGAGACCCACCUGCAGCACAUGAAGGCACUGCUGGGCUCCUAUGCCCACUCAGUGGAAGACACCCAUGUGCAGAUUGGACAGGUGCAUGAGGAAUUUAAGCAGAACAUAGAGAAUGUCAGCGUGGAAAUGCUGCUCAGGAAGUUUGCAGAGAGCAAGGGCACAGGCCGGGAGAAACCAGGACCUGUGGACUUUGAAGCAUACAGUGCAGCUGCCCUGCAGGAAGCAAUGAAACGUUUGCGGGGAGCCAAGGCCUUUCGUCUUCCAGGACUAAGCUGGCGGGAGCGGGAGCGGGAACAACCUGCAGCUGUCGAUUCCCUGGAGCCUGAUUCAAGGAUGUGUCCAGAGGUGGAUGAAGAAGGUUUCACUGUCCGGCCCGACAUGACCCAGAGCAGCACGGCCGAGCUCUCCCGCUUCUCAUCCAGUGACUCCGACUUUGAUGACGAGGAGCCCCGCAAAUUCUACGUCCACAUCAAGCCCGCCCCGGCCCGGGCGCCAGCCUCCAGUCCCGAGGCUGCAGCUGCACAGCUCAGGGCCACAGCUGGCAGCCUCAUCCUUCCUCCUGGCCCAGGGGGCACCAUGAAACGCCAUUCUUCACGGGAUGCUUCUGGGAAACCUCAGAGGCCUCGGUCUGCCCCGAGGGCCAGCAGUUGUGCAGAGAAGCCACAAAUGGAUGAGCAGGUGUCUAAGAACCUCUUUGGGCCGCCCCUGGAGUCGGCCUUUGACCACGAAGAUUUUACAGGCUCCAGCAGCCUCGGCUUCGCCUCCAGCCCCUCUCCUUUCUCCUCUUCAUCGCCCGAGAACGUGGAGGACUCCGGCCUUGACUCGCCGUCACACGCAGCGCCUGGCCCCUCUCCAGAUUCUUGGGUCCCCCGGCCCGGUACCCCGCAGAGCCCGCCCAGCUGUAGGGUGCCCCCCGAGUCGAGGGGGACACGGGCCUCACAGCCACCGGACUCACCACAGCCCCGCGCACCAUCUCCGGGCCCCUGGGGGCUGGAGGCUGUGGCCGGAGGAGACCUGAUGCCCGCAUCUGCUGGCCCCACAGCCAGGAAGGGCCUGGCAGCCCCACCCCGGAGACCUCGCUCCAGGAAGGUGUCCUGCCCCCUCACGUGCAGCAACGGGGACCUGUCUCAUUCCGUGAGCCCCUCCCCACUGGGCUCUUUGGCCCCCAGUACUGUCGUAGAACAGCCCAGCUUCUCAUCUCAGAUGGGACAUGGAAUCUCCAGGGGCCCAAGCCCUGUGGUCCUGGGUUCCCAGGAUGCCCUGCCUGUGGCCACAGCCUUCACCGAAUAUGUCCACGCCUACUUCCGUGGCCACAGCCCCAGCUGCCUAGCUCGAGUAACAGGGGAGCUGACCAUGACCUUCCCUGCCGGCAUCGUGCGUGUGUUCAGUGGGACCCCACCCCCGCCUGUCCUCAGCUUCCGGCUGGUACAUACAGCCCCUAUAGAGCACUUCCAGCCCAACGCUGACCUGCUCUUCAGUGACCCCUCCCAAAGUGACCCCGAGACCAAAGACUUCUGGCUCAACAUGUCUGCUCUGACCGAGGCCCUGCAGCGUCAGGCAGAGCAGAACCCCACUGCCUCCUACUACAACGUGAUGCUGCUGCGAUACCAGUUCUCCCGGCCGGGUCCCCAUUCCGUGCCUCUGCAGCUGAGUGCCCACUGGCAGUGUGGGGCGACCCUCACCCAGGUCUCAGUGGAGUACAGCUACCGGCCCGGUGCAACAGCCGUGCCCACACCGCUCACUAAUGUCCAGAUCCUGCUGCCCGUGGGGGAGCCUGUGACCAAUGUCCGCCUGCAGCCAGCCGCCACCUGGAACCUGGAGGAGAAGCGGCUCACGUGGAGGCUUCCAGACGUGUCUAAGGCAGGGGGCUCUGGCCGCCUAUCUGCCAGCUGGGAGCCGCUCUCAGGGCCCAGCACCCCCAGCCCCGUGGCUGCACAGUUCACCAGCGAGGGGGCCACUUUGUCUGGUGUGGACUUGGAACUGGUGGGCAGUGGCUACCGCAUGUCUCUGGUAAAGAGGAGGUUCGCCACAGGGAUGUACCUGGUGAGCUGCUGAGCCUGCAGAGGCUGUUGGCCCCAGCCCUGCACUUCGUCCUGGUGCUCGCGGACCACUCC